UGGCUGGCUGCUUAGUUCGCAACAGAGUUGUGAGAGGUGCGCACGGAGUUCGCAAUGCCUCAGCAGGAUGAUGAGUGGAGUGCGGGGAUGCAUUUGCCGAGAAGGGGGGUCAGUUCCGGGGACCAUUCGGGAAAUCAAGAUUCGGGAACGCACGAUAGGAGAAUGGUGGAAUGGCCAGUGGAUAAUUCCAAUUCCCAAUCUAUAUGGAGGAUUCUCAGUCAUCUAGUGACUCAACAGUUUAUCAUAUUGAGUUCUAUGUACGCUCAGCUAGUAGUUGUGAUAUGUGUGGCAUUCUUUAUAUCUGAAAUUGUUACACCACAAGUUCCAUUGCUUUAUUUUGAGGGUUUUUAUUUAUACUUGUAUUCUUUGUCACUUUUAUUCUUGCUGUACAUCUACAUUUACCUGUUACGUGAUUCAACUGCUGGAAGUGGUCUCAGUGCGGUGGCCAAAAAGAUCACCAUUCUUGAAAGCUUGCGUCGAUUGGGUGAGAAGGGUGUUGACAAUGGACCUGAUGGCCCAGUUCCACCGCGGCUCAAGAAAUACCGAAUAUCUGAUAACGACAAAAGUCAUGGGAGCCUUUUCUUACGAAUAGGAGCCAUAGCUUUUGGUCUCGGAACGAUGGUCUAUAAUGGAUUAGAAUUCGGGUCAUUCUUUGAAGUACCUCCGACAUCUCUUUGCUACAAUAUAUUCUUAGGGUUGAAUCCUAUCUUGCAAAUGAUCUUCACUUUUGCUCAAAUGUAUUUCAUAUUUGUUAAUGCGCGGCUCAAUAUACAAAAAUUCAAAGUUGUUGCUCGUUUCGGUCUUAUGCAUAUCAUAGCGACAAACCUUUGCGUAUGGAUUCGAACUGUAGGAAAGGAAGCAUUAGAAGCCAUUGCUGAGAAUCAACGAGAAAGUGGGCUUGGAUCAAGCUUAGAAGAGCUUAUCCUACCCUUCAGAGUCACAGAAGACAACAACAGUUCCUUGAAUCUGAGCAACCCUUGUCAGAAGCAAAACAUCAUGGGAUCCAUAGUUUCCGAUGCUUCGCCCUUUUUGUAUCCCUUCAUUGUAGAGUACAGUUUAAUAGCUGCAGCCGUAUUGUAUGUUAUGUGGAAAAACAUUGGACAUAACCCUAUGUUUCGCAUUGAACAAAGUGCUGAAGAUGCAUUGUCCAGAACCUCUAGCUCUCAGUCUUUCCAUAGGGUGAAUUGUGCUGGUUCAAGUAGAGGUCUAUUUCUUGGCUUAUUUCUUCUGGUGAUUUCUACAAUUUGUCUGAUUGUCUUCUUUGUUUUUAUUCACCAUGAAGACUUGAAUCUUUUAGCUGUUUAUCUGUCUGACUUAUCCCAUUCGAUCAUAAUGCUAAUUUCAAUAUUUGCUAUCAUUGUUGGAUUUUUCCGCGUACGAUCUCUACGAUUUCAUUAUGACCGUCAAGACCAUCUUCGAGAUCUCUUGCUUCGAGUCAGUGCCUUUGGUCUUUAUACUUAUGCAAUGUUUGGAAUAAUCGCAGGUACCCUGUCACCGCUUCAUUACACGCCGAAUCUGCUUGUCAUGAUCACAAGCUGCCUAACUAUCGUUCAGGUCACUUUGCAAUCACUUUUUGUUGCAGAUAUUACAUGUCGAUCAACCCAUCUUCCGGAGCAUGACAAUACCAAGCCUGGUCGUCAAGUUAUAACGUUUCUUCUGAUGGUAAAUCUCACUUUUUGGAUUAUCUACACUUUUGAAAUGCAGAAAGUCCAAGCGAGUCCUGUGCAGUUAGGGUUUUACGGAUUUAUGGCUUGGACUGUCAUUGUUAGAACCACUUUGCCACUGAGUAUAUUUUUCCGGUUCCAUUCCUUCAUAACAUUUGCUGAAGUUUGGAAGAACUCGUACAAAAAUGUAUGUAACUGAUUACAUUCUAACGUAAUUAUUAUGAAUGAAUGCUGGCGUUUUUCAGAUGAAAAUAAGUUAGCAAUUUCAUAAGGAUUUUCUUUGGAAUCUUCGAUGGUUACAAAAUUUUAUAUGCAUGUUUUCAUGUCAUAGUAGAAAUCGAAGUUUCUUAAGAACAAUCAACAUGAAAUCUGUCUUAUUCAUCGAAUGAAGAACAGUAAUGUGUUCCAGCAAAAGUGGAUGCAAGAAGAUUUGUACGAAAGUUAGGAUAUUAAAUAAGACAUGUAUUUCUAAGCUGUUCGUUGUUCCAAAAUAGUGCCAAAAUAAGAGCGUGAAAGAAAAUUGUUUAAGUACAUGUAGUCAGAAGAUAUGUAGUUUAGUCCACUGUUUGCAAAAUUGUGAACAUGACAAAAUAUGUUUAGGAAUUUGCGCUUUAUGGUCGUGAAAUGCUCAAUGCCCACAGUAAACGCUCGUUAUCUCUCGAAUGGUAAUUUUCUUCAGUUAAACUCUACUCUAAUUUAUUUAGUUAAAAUAACACAUUCAGUACCUCUGUUCACUCUGAAUUUCAUCUCAUACAAAAUAAGUAUUUAGUGAAACUGGUAAACCUGAUAGUUAUUUUUCGUUAUCAGUUUGCUAAAGCAGCAUAUCAUUUGCGUCGAAAAAGAAACAUUGCAUGAGUGAGAAAGGAAUCUAAAAAAACUCAGCAUUUGAUGGAGAUGAAAGCAAGAGACUCACGGAGAUGGUUGGUUUCAAAAUUGAAAGAUUUCAAUGGACAUCGGUCUGAAAAACUGAUAAAUCGUCCACCUCAUCUUAUGUUGUUCCAUGAUCAAACCUAUUUUGGUUCACAUGAACGCAACCUAUAAUUUGAGCAAUAUUACUCUUAAACAGAGCCAAUGAACUCUAUCUUUUAUAUGCUCCAUAGAGCAAUAAGCACCAUAAGGUUAGUAAAACUGCAAAUAAGUUGCAGUUUGGGUUGUGUAUUAUGGAAGAAAAACUCCUCGAGUGUCAGUAUUCAGUACUGUAAUUCUUUUCUGCUAAUUACUUGAAGGAUUGUCAAUGCAAUGCAAGAUAACAGAAGCAAAUAACUAAGAUUUACAAUUUUUAGACUUGUACUAUUAUUUAAAAAAGAAAAUUCGUUUUGCUUAGUGUAAGAUAGUUUGUUUUGUUCUUUGAUAUAAUAUGAGCUACUUGACUAUAAAAUGGUUAUUGGAUGCCUCAAGGAUUUGCAGAAGUCAAGUUCUUAGAAAAUCAAUAGCUCUUUUUCAUUCUCUAUUUUAAAUUUCACCCUUUAUCUAUUACUGAUUUUGUUCUUUGCCAUGAAAAGCUUUUUAAAGUAAUAUGUGUUAAAUAAAAGCACUAAUCACUGUAUUGUCUAUGCAAAUCGAAGCAUUGUCUAUGCAAAUUGAAGUACAAAUUUUUCAGUGUGCAAUGGAAAUUUUGAAAUGAUGUUUCUUAAACCAAUGUUACUUUUUUACUUGUUGCUUAAAAUUUUUUGUAAUAAAUUCAAAUAAUUGUACUUGUUGUUAAAUAAUUAUACUUAUUUCUCAAGGAACUGUAGUGAAAAUAAAAAAAAAAUAUUAGUUUUGCUACUUUCACCUGCAAAAAAUUUAACAUGGUAUUAAUAAAGUAUAUUUUUAAUUAAGAUGUUCUUCAUAAUCUUACCUUUUUUCGUACUAAGAUUUGAUAUUCUGUGACGGUUUUUAAAUGAAUGUUUUAUAAAAUUUGAUCUUAAAUAUUAUUAAAGGCAUUUUCCAAUAUAGUAGUAUUUGCAUUAAAGUCAUUCAUGUUUGUAUACACUAAUAAAUCUAUUAGUAUGAAUAUUAACAGCAUUUCUAGACAGUUUAUGUAAGCAAUAAGAAUGCCAUUGCAUUACUAAAAGUAAGAUAUGUAAGAAAAAUUAUUAUACUAUAAAAAGCAAAGUAUGUAUUCAUUAAUUUUUAAUUAUCUGAAUCACUUCUCAGUGUCUUGUAAACAAAGUGAAAUGACAUUUGUAAUAUAUAUCAGAGAAAAGAGAAGGAUCUGCUGUUUUCAAUCAUCAUGUAAUCGCAAUAAUUACAUAUGUUGCGAUUUUUUUUUUUGAAUUUUUGUCAGCAAA